AUGGGCGCGACGACAUCAAAGAGGCAGUGCUCUCUGUUCUCCUCUCCGGGAAGACGGGAGGAGGAGAAAGAUCCUUUCGACGAUGCCGUGGAAAAUCUCCCGAGCAACGACAGCUUUGAUAAAUGUAUCGGCGCCAAAGAUAUCAGUUCGUCUCUCACGGAAACCAUCAAGAAUGGAAUGAGAGACAAAAACAACGACGGCUUUAGCAGCGCGAACACGACGAGCGGUUUCGGCGGCGAAAAGAAAAGCACGAAGAAGAAAGCGUGGCUCAAUCCACACAAGCAAAACACGCCGGAAUUCAUCGAGUGUGAGCUGAAGCACAUGCCGGUCGGGAAAAUGUACCCAGACUUGGUGGAUAAAGCGACUGAGAUUGUGAAAAAGUGGAAAGUGGAUUUCCCGUUGUCCGUGUGGACGCGAACGGUGAAAGGCGAUCGAGUCGCGAAAGAGUUUAACGAGUCAGCGCCGGUAAUUGCGAGAAUGCUCAAGUUUGUCGACGAAGAGUUCGAAAAGCCAGAGAACGAAGGCAGACGGAUUACCAUCGUUGAUUUGUGCAGCGGGUUCGGUUACCUGGGCAUGUUCUUGAGCGAGUUGUUGGACCCGGAGAAGGUGAGGAAAAUUUAUUUAAUCGAUAAAGAGUGGCCGCAGUUUGGGGCGAAACCCAAAGAAAACCGCAUGUCGAACGCACACAUCGUUGGUAUAGGUACAGAAGAAGACGACGACGAGAAUGGCGAAGACGAAGGAGAAGGAGGAGGAGGAGGCAUUGGAAGCUGGACCCCAAAGUACCCGAUACCGCUUCUGAUUCGGAAAGUCGAUUUGAAAGCCUACGAUAGCAUACAAUCGAUGUCGAUUCAUGUGUUUGGAGAAACGCGGCAAUUGAAAUCUCCAAUUGUCAUCUUAGGCAUUCACUUGUGUGGCACGUUAAGUUUUAAAGCCUGCGAGUUGUUCAACGCGCACGCGAACGCUAUAAAGCUGAUAUUGAAACCGUGUUGUCUUCCGAAUUGGGCCAUCGUGCACCAAUACAGCGAUUAUCUCGAUCCUCCGACGGACUAUUUCGGACCGUUUGGAAGCCAAAGAUUUUACGUAAAAACCAGAGACGUUUGCGCGAAAGGCAAAUGGAAGAAAAACACGUGGAUUGGCCCGCCGAGACAAACGUUAGAGCCGAAAUUCAACUUAUGGGCGGAGACUUUGUGCCGCUCGGUCGAAGACGUCGGCGUCAACAAGAAACUCGAACGCAUCGAGGUGCAAGAAACCGGCGGCUUUCAAAACGCGUACAUAUUCGCAGACCGACAAAAAAUCCAUCCAGACGACGACGAUGACGACGCUACGAUUAUUACGACAGAUUGGAACAGAAAUCGAAGACAGUUCCCGACGUGGAACGGCGGCGAAGCCGGAGCGUGGCAUCCGGACGGUCGAGGGCGAGGGACCCACUUCAAGAUGAAGAACAUCACAUAA